UAGCAGCCGUGCAGCCAGCGUGACGUCACGAGGGCGUUCCCUCCCUGUGCGACAGGUGCGUCUCACCUGAGCUCGGCAGUUCUUCCGCUAGCGACAGGAGCAGCAGCAUCCUCCUCAUCCUCCUCCUGAAGAUGACGGCGCUGAGGUGCAUCGGCAGCUGCCUGCCGUCAUUCGUCAUGGCGAUCGUCUUCGACAUCAUCGGCGUGGUCCUGCUGUUCGUCGGGAUAUUCGGUGACGUGCGGAUGAACGGCGUGUUCUACGGGGAUUUCCUCAUCCACACCGGCGCGCUGGUCUUGUUCGCCAGCCUGGCCUUGUGGCUCGUGUGGUACGUGGGGAACAUCAGGGUGAAGGAUGAGGGCUUGGAGCGCAGAUCUAGCGCCGCGCACAGCGUCAAAGAGCUCGCGAGGAGGCUCACGAAGAGACUUUCCAGAACACACCUGAAGGACAACACCGGUGAGAAAACAGGAAGCAAAGCUUCCACCGUUCGAAACGUGACAUGGGGCAAGUCCACCUAUUUCCCAGGACUCCAGGAUCUUGAAUCGGAUAUGAUCAAAUGUGAUGAACUAUCCAAAGAAAAGCCAGAUAAUGAUCAGUUCAUGUGCUACCAGAAUCAAGGGUACGAGGACGAGGAGUCCUGCAAACCAAUCCAGGAGGAGAGCGAUGACCAGAUCCAGUCAGAAGACGGUUCUGAUUCAGAUAGAAAACAGGAGACAAAGUCUGGAGAUGAUCAGUUCACCUGUUACCAGAACGAAGGGUACGAGGAAUCAGAAUCAAAAUCAGCUGCAACCAAAGAUGGUGAAAAACCUCAGCAGGAGAAGCCAGAAGAUCAGCCAGAGAGCACUGAGGUUCUGAUGUCCUAAAACAAUGACUGAAUAGCCAAGAACCUUCAAUAGUCUUCAAACAUUUGCCAUCAGCAGUACGUCUAGAGAUGCUCAAAUGGAAUCCAUUUCCCUUCCAAAGUGGCAGCUGAGCGCUCAUGCAAGGUCCUCCAGAGUCAAGCCAUUUCAUUUUGUUGGUCGUCAACAGUGACCAAACCAGUCUGACAGCAAAUACAAUGGACUGAUAGUUCAUUCAAGGGACCUGUUGGUUCAUCUUUGCACACAAACAUUUAAUACUGCGCCCAGGCCACAAAAAAAAAAUCAAAUCUAUUUUUUCAAGUAUAUUUUGCUAUAUAUUAUAGUAGUGAGCGAGUUAUGUGAAAAUAACUGUAUGUGGAAAAAUUGCAUUUAUGUAAAUAUAAAGCACAUGAUCCGGACAUGCCAAACAAACCCUGACUGUAAAUACUCCCUCUUUCUCUCACAAUACUGUAGCUGUUGUUUUAACCGUUGCAAUAUGAAAUGCAUGUAAACUUUGUAUUAACAAUUAAAUCACAUUUCACUCAAA